AUCAAGCGCUCAGCCCGGAUGUGCGGUGAGUGUGACGCCUGUCUGAGGACGGAGGACUGCGCUCUGUGUGACUUCUGUAAAGAUAUGAAGAAGUUUGGAGGUCCAAACAAGAUCCGUCAGAAGUGUCGCCUCCGGCAGUGUGAGGUCCGAGCCCGGAAGAUGCUGCGGGUCAGAGAUGAGGAGAUGGGCCAGAGCAGCAGCAGGGGGCGUGGCCUGUUGUAUAGAGGGGCGGGGCAUCUGACAGAUGAGGAGGAGGAGGAAGAGGGGUUCAGUGAGAGUGAGCUGGAGCUGUACGAGCAGUACAAAGCUGCCGGGUUCAGAGACCUGGUGUGGCACAGCGAGGAGGAGGAGGACGCUCUGUCAGACUCACUGAGGAAGAAGGCCGUGAAGGUGAAGCACGUGAAAAGACGAGACAAGAAACCAGAAAAGAAGAAGUCUGUUUCUGCUCCAAAAGAGGAGAUGAAGCCCCGACGUCACAAAGUCAAGCAGAGACACCGUGAGCGCGUGCGGCACAGUGAGCGUGCAGGAGAGGGUGGGGCGAAAGAUGUGGGCGGGGCUUUAAGGCAGUGCCUGGGCCCAGGCUGCAUCCAACCGGCAAGGACCAACUCCAAAUACUGCACCGAGGACUGCGGCAUGAAGCUCGCCGCCAACCGAAUCUAUGAGAUCCUCCCCCAGAGGAUCCAGCAGUGGCAGCAGAGUCCCUGUGUUGCAGAGGAGAUGGGGCGGAGACAGCUGGAACGAAUCAGGAAGGAGCAGCAGGCUGCCAGACUCCGCCUCACGCUGAUGGAAAAACGUUUCCACGAACUGGAGGCCAUCAUCGCCAACGCCAAACAGCAGCAGGUCCAACAGCACGAAGAGGUGAGCGAGGCCGACGGAGAUGACACAGACCUGCAGAUCUUCUGUGUCUCCUGCAGCCACCCCGUCAACCCCAAGGUGGCGCUGCGACACAUGGAGCGGUGCUACGCUAAGUACGAGAGUCAAACGUCCUUUGGGUCCAUGUAUCCCACACGGAUCGAGGGGGCCACCCGUUUGUUCUGCGAUGUCUACAACCCUCAGAGUAAGACGUACUGUAAGCGUCUGCAGGUCCUGUGCCCAGAACAUUCCAGAGACCCAAAGGUUCCGGCAGACGAAGUGUGCGGCUGCCCUCUGGUCCGAGAUGUCUUCGAGCUGACCGGGGACUUCUGUCACAUCUCUAAGAGGAAGUGUAACAAACACUACUGCUGGGAGAAGCUGCGGCGCGCCGAGGUGGACCUGGAGAGAGUCCGAGUGUGGUACAAGCUGGACGAGCUGUUUGAGCAGGAGAGGAACCUUCGAGCCGCCAUGACAAACCGAGCUGGACUUUUGGCCCUGAUACUGCACCAGACCAUCCAGCAUGACCCAGUCGCCACAGACCUGCGCUCCACCAAAGAUAGGUAGACCUACGAGGACAGGUAGACCCACGAGGACAGGUAGACUCAUCAAGGACAGGUAGACCCCCGAGGACAGGUAGACCCCUGAGGACAGGUAGACACCCGUGGACAGUUAGACCACCAAGGACAGGUAGACCCCCGUUGACAGGUAGACUCAUCAAGGACAGGUAGACCCCCGAGGACGGGUAGACUCAUCAAGGACAGGUAGACUACUGAGGACAGGUAGACCUCUGAGGACAGGUAGACCCCCGAGGACAGGUAGACACCCGUGGACAGGUAGACCACCGAGGACAGGUAGACCACCAAGGACAGGUAGACUCCCGAGGACAGGUAGACACCAGAGGACAGGAAGAUUGGAAGACUCAGAUGGACUGGUUCCUGGUUUCUGGAAUGAACCUGUUUUAUCAGCUGCUGAGUCCGAGCAACAUUUUGGUUUUUCUUUUGUCCUGGUUUCUGGUCUGUAUUCAGGUUCUUGUCUGCGGUUGAGUUCUGGUCCACAGUAAACCUGCUGCUGCUCCUGAACUGGUUUUCAGUUUAAUGAACUGCAUUACCCACAAUCCUCUGCCUCACCCAUCUGCCUCUGCCGUGGAGACAGCAGCUCUGAAACACUACAGGUUCAUCAGGAAUCACGACCGUCACUUCCUGUUUCUUUUCACAAUAAGAGCUGGGUCAGCAUUUUAUUCAGACAGCAGCAGGAAGUCCAUUCGACAUGAGUCCGUCUGAAGAUGGAGUCUGGACUCGACUGGGCCUCUCACCUGAUUGUCUGAGCCAACAACCAAUCAGCUUCCACCACAAAGAUCACAUUUGACAUGUUUCUAUUUUUCAGACUGAAUCUGAAACUUGUCGUGUUUUACUUUGUCAACAUUUACAAAACUAAUCAAUUUGGCACACGAUGGAUCAGUGGUUAGCCCUUUUGCCUCACAGCUAGAAGGUGUUGGGUUCAAUCCCCAGUUGUACCUGGGGUCUUGCUAUGUGGAGUUUGCAUGUUCU